CCAAAAACUUUGUAAGCCCAUACUAAAUUGGCAGGCUUCUGCUCUGCAAUCAGCGAAGCAUUAGGGUUCUGAGGUUUAACAUCGCCGUUGGCUUCUUAGGGCUUCACAAUCUCGAGAGAGAGAGAGAGAGAGAGACGCAAUGGCAAGAAUCAAAGUUCAUGAGCUGAGGCAGAAAUCCAAGACUGAGCUUUUAGCUCAAUUGAAGGAUCUGAAAGCAGAACUUGCUCUCCUCCGCGUUGCCAAAGUCACCGGCGGUGCCCCUAACAAGCUCUCCAAGAUUAAGGUGGUGAGGUUAUCAAUAGCGCAAGUGUUGACUGUGAUAUCACAGAAGCAGAAGUCAGCACUGAGAGAAGUGUAUAAGAAUAAGAAGUAUUUGCCACUUGACCUUCGUCCUAAGAAGACUAGAGCAAUUCGUAAACGUCUUACUAAGCACCAGGCAUCUUUGAAGACAGAAAGGGAGAAGAAGAAAGAGAUGUACUUUCCAAUUAGAAAGUAUGCCAUUAAGGUUUAAAUUGAUUCAAGUUUAGAUAGUUUAUGAUGUUAUGACUUGCAGGGCAAAGUUGAGGACCAUGUUUUUGCCAUUUUGCAUUAUUAUAUUUUGUAUUACUGUACUAUGCAUUAUGAAGUGGAACUUUGUUUACUUUGUUCGUCUUCGUUUUUACACUCAACGGUGUGAUGCACAAAA